AGUGAGCUGGGCUGCACAAUAACUGAAGGCUGGAAGGAGUAGGGAAAAAAAAAAAAAAAGACCUAAGAAGAAUACGCGUGAAACGGAGUUUGGACUAAAAUCUGAACACUCGGACCUCACAGCGGUUUCAGAAAGGCUCACACGGGCUGGGCUGUAGUAUACUCGGAGACUGUGACUGGCCGAGUCUUGGCCGUGGAACUUGCUGAGGAUUCGUGUGGUACAAAAAAAAAAAAAUCCACCUAGCCUAGCCUAGCUUAGCCUAGCCCACUAGCCCAGAGGAGCCGGAGGAGGAAGCACGGGUCUGGAAUACCUCGAGCAGCCUGAUAGUUUUCGAGACUUUUGACGAAUAUAGGGGCUUUGUUGAUGAAUUAUGUCUACCACCAGUAUUGAUCCACAGACAUCAAAAGGACAAGAUGGUAAAGUGCAGAAUGGCUCACUCCAUCAAAAGGAAACGGUCCAUGACGACUUUGAACCAUACCUCACUGGGCAAUCUAAUCCGAACAACAGCUACCAAUCUAUGACUGACCCCUACUUAUCCAGCUACUAUGCGCCUUCCAUCGGGUUCCCCUAUCCCCUAAGCGAGGCUCCGUGGUCAACUGGUGGUGACCCUCCAAUCCCCUAUCUCACUCCCUAUGCCCCCCUCAGUAACGGUGACCAUCAUUUCAUGCACGACACUGUGUUUGGACAGCCUGGUGGCUUGGGUAGUAGCAUCUACCCCCACCGCUUUAACUUUUUCCCAGAGAACCCAGCAUUCUCAGCCUGGGGAACCAGUGGCUCCCAAGGCCAGCAGACUCAGAGCUCCGCCUAUGGGGGCAGUUACAGUUACCCACCCAGCUCCCUGGGUGGCACCCUGGUGCCCGACGGGCAGACAGGGUUCCACAGCGACACUCUGAGCAAGGCGCCAGGCAUGAACAGCCUGGAGCAGGGCAUGGUGGGUCUAAAGAUCGGUGGCGAUGUCACCGGUGGUGGCUCAGGUGUCAAAACGGUUGGCUCGGUGAUCGGUGGCGGGCCAGUGGCAGCCGCAGUGGCCACGGGCAAUGGCGGAACCCCCAUAGGCAUGCCGCCUCCCAAGCCAACGUCCUGGGCAGCUAUUGCGAGCAAGCCAGCAAAACCACAGCAGCUGAAAGUAAAAAGCAAGCCCGGGAUGCCAAUGGCAGGAGGUGCGCUGCCCCCACCGCCCAUCAAACACAAUAUGGACAUCGGCACAUGGGACAACAAGGGGCCUGUGACCAAAGUGGCCUCCCCGUUACCCCCGCCACACCAGCAGCCGCAGCCGCCCCUCUCUCACCUGCCUGCCCACGCCCAUGCCCACGCCCACGCCCAUGGGCUCCCGCCCCCUCCUCAGCCCCCGAUGCCCUCGGCUCAGUCUCUUGCCCAGCAGAUGGCAAUGCAGGCCCCGCCUCCUCCGCAGCCUUACCAGAACCAUGCCCAUGCCCCUGCCCCUCCCCCUCAGACACGGUGGGUGGCACCACGCAACCGCAACCCGGGCUACGGCGGCGGCGGCGGCGUGGACAGCAGCGGCGUGGGCAUGGGCAACGGAGCCGGGCUGGGGCCGCCAGGUGCUGGCGACUCGCACCCGGUCCUGGAGAAGCUGCGUGCGGCGCACAGCUACAACCCCAAGGACUUCGACUGGAACCUGAAGAAUGGGCGGGUGUUCAUCAUCAAGAGUUACUCGGAGGAUGACAUCCACCGCUCCAUCAAGUACUCCAUCUGGUGCAGCACAGAGCACGGCAACAAGCGGCUGGACGCAGCCUUUCGCACCAUCAAUGGUAAGGGCCCCGUCUACCUGCUGUUCAGCGUCAACGGCAGUGGCCACUUCUGUGGCGUGGCCGAGAUGCGCUCGCCCGUGGACUACGGCACCAGCGCGGGCGUGUGGGCGCAGGACAAGUGGAAGGGCAAGUUUGACGUUGACUGGCUCUUCGUCAAGGACGUGCCCAACAGUCAGCUGCGCCACAUCCGUCUGGAGAACAACGACAACAAGCCGGUGACCAACUCGCGCGACACACAGGAGGUGCCUCUGGAGAAGGCCAAGCAGGUGCUGAAGAUCAUCGCCACCUACAAACACACUACCUCCAUCUUUGACGACUUCUCGCACUAUGAGAAACGGCAGGAGGAAGAGGAGGUGGUGCGAAAGAACUAUGAAACUACUCCAGCCCAGAAUCGAUCCCGACUGGAUCAGGAACGCCAAAAUCGAAGUAAACAAUAGAAGACUGCACCUCUAGCACCCCCGACCGCCUUUAGCUUGAUCAAUGGUUGUUUUAGGACUGACCAUUUGAAAAUGAAAUUUAAAAGGAGGACACGAAGAAAUUUAAAAAGGAAAAAAACUCAAGGUUUUUUUUUUGUUUGUUUGUUUGUUUGUUUGUUUUCUCUAUUUAAUUCUGGUGACUUGGGCCAGCGUUGAACUCAAGCCUCUGAUCCCACCUCCCGUCUUCGUGGGGAACUAAGUCCACCCGUGCCUGGCAGAACAACGGCACUAUGUUCUUUUUUUUUUUUCUUUUUUUUUUUUUCUGUCAUUCAGUUUGGCUCUGACACACCUCUCUCCCUUCCUUCCACAUCCAACGUUUGACCAACAGUUGCGUUCACACGCGCCCCCAACCACCCCCAUUCCCACUCAGUGUUGGCUGUGAAAGUCGUCGAGGUGAACGGAGUGAGUGGUAGCAGCUGGUGCUCCGUGUUUGUGAGUGGUGUUUUGAGAGUGUUUGAGAGGAUGUGAUGACAUUGUGGUGCUCGGCUAGGUGAAGGGCAGAAGGCGACUGCAGAAACCGCCGCAGGCUCCUCCCUGCAUCACUAACUCUACUUGGCCAGUUUAAUUUUGUACAAUCGAGGUGACGUUCUGUACAUCCUUGUUGUUGGUGUGGGGACUUUGAAUGGAGUUGAACGAGGAAGAUCUGGGGAGUAUAUUUGCAACUGCGUAUAAGGGACAAUGAAAUGUCUUGAUAAAUGAUAAUGUUGAUGUAACAGAAAAACUAUAUUUUUUUUAAUUAUGUGACACUUGGCUUAUAACUUUUCUUGGUGGCGAGUCAUGUCAGUCCUGAUACUUUGACCUUUCCUGUUUUGUUUUGGUUUUUUUCUUGUUUUUCUGCUUGGAGCCUUAACAUUUUAAAGCUAUAGUGUCAUCAAAACCGUUAAAUAAUUGCUGUACUAUACCUCAACAGCAUAAUCAGGGAAAAGACGUCCCGAGCACCCUCUACACAAGGGAAGUCAACAUCAUCACUGGCUGGACUGAAGAGGAAAAAAUACCGUUUGAGUUAUGGUUCUGAGCCAAGUGCUAUGAUUCUGUUAUACUCUGCUUAUUGUUUCAAAAGCAGCAUUGUAACUUUGUACUGUUUCACUGAUGCCCAGCAGAGGUCGCUGUUUCUAUGUUUAAGCCAAUUUGAGAGAAAUGUAGCAUUCACUGCUUUUUGAAAUCAGUUUAGGUGCAUCAUUUCCCAUAUUUUCCUUUCUUGUCCUUUCUUAACAGAGUUCAGUUUCUUUUCCCCCCCCUUCUCAGUAUAAUGCUAAGCUUUAACGUAGGAGCAUAUAAUAACAAAGAACGCCUCAAAUGUGUAACCUGAAAAUUAAUGUUACUGAUUACUGUUAAAAGUAAGAAAAAUGAAACAAGAGUAUAUGCUU